AUGGGCAUGAGGAGGAAGAGAACGGCGAUUGAGCCGGCGAUGAAGGUAACGAUGACAACGAUGAGAACGAAAGUAGACGAAAGCAGUCGGUGGUUUUGUCGCCGUCGACAACGCGAAAGACGCGAUUGCGAGCGUGAGCGACAACAGUUGCUCGAGUGGCUGCUCGCUGUCAGUGUUAGAGGAGCGAGUGCAGUUGUGGUGUUGACUCUUAAGACCUCCUCCCACUCAUUCCUGUUGUCUUGCCUCAAUCGCAACGCAGAAGUGCUGCCCUCUCUCAUGCUGGGUGAAAUGCACAAUUUCAUGAGCUUCACGACGACUACCGCUAUUCUUUCACCUCCUUCGAAAUGA